AUGGAAUUUAUUAUAAAUAAAAUUAAUAAUAUCAAAAACAAUAAUGAUAAUAAUAAUAAUAUAAAUAAUAAUAGUAAUAAUAAUAAUAAUAAUAAUAAUAAUAGUAAUAAUAAUAAAUUUAAAUUUAAAUAUGAAUUUGAAUUUGGGUAUUGUUAUGAUGUAAAUCUCUAUGAAUGGAGAUUUAUACAAGAUUAUGAAACAGUACCAUUAAAAUUAAAUGGUAUUUUAUCAAAUGAUGAAUACAAUUCAAUAUUAAAUAUAAUUGGUGAUGUUUACGAUAAAACUGAUAAAUAUCCUCAUGUUACAUAUUUAUUAUCAAUUAUAAUGAUGGUACUUUUAUGUAUGUUACCAUCAGUUAUGGCAAUUCACUCAAAUUUAAACUCAUAUAUUCAAUUUGUUUUAUUUGAUGACAUUUUUAUUUUAAUAACUUUUAUAUUAAUUCCAUUCCUCUUUUUUUUAAAAAAAAAGGUAAUAAUAGAAAAUAACUAUGUAAUUAAAGGGUUAAAAAAUAGGUCAAUUAAAUUAAAUAUUGAAUAUUAUAAAUUUAAACUUCUUUAUUUUUUUUUCUUAUUAUUAUGGGUACCCCAAGGAUUUUUACAAUCUUUAAUUUAUAAAAAAAGAGUUUUAAAUGAGGAUUUUUUUAAUUUAAAAAUAUCAUUAUUUAUACUUUUGGGUAUAGAUUUAAUCUUUAUUUUAUUUGCGAUAUGGAAUUUUUUGCUUUUUACAAAAUUAAAUAGAUUUUUAAUUAAAGAUCGAAGGGAUGAAAAUAUUUUAAUAACCUUAAAUAGUAAUAUAAAAAAAUUUUUAUCUCCAAUGGAGUUUUAUUUAACAUGUAACAAUACUUUAAAUUUUUUUUUAAAUAACAAUGAUAACCAUUUUUUUCCAAUAGAUUUAGAUGAUCCAAAUGUUUAA